GAUUAAAUCAGUCAGUUCAUAAGCUUAUGAUAGGCUAAAUGUUAUUUCUCAGUCGUGUAUUCGUACUUUUGAGGUGAUAAUCAAACCUAGAUGUUUUUAGAUGUUUAAUGUGUGAUAAUCAAUGAAAUUUAUGGAAUGUGUUCGUUUACAGUGGAUUCAACAUGGCGGACGAAGUAAGAGAUGACAACAUUAUGUUGGACCUUCAAAAACAUCUCCAAAUAGCCAAAGUUCCACUAGCAAGUCUCUCUAGUCUUGCUAAGCGAGGAGAUGAAAAGAGGUUUUUGGCUAGUAUAGAUGACCUAAGGCUAGUAGAGAGGUUCCUAACAGAAAAUGUAGAGAUCACUGGGGACACAGCAGAUGAAGCCAUGCAGAGUCAGCUCUAUAUAGCUUGUUUCUGGGGGUUUAAGGACAUAGUACGAGCGCUGGUAGCUAAAGGUGCAGAUGUCAACUCACAAAACAAAGGGACACUUUGGACCCCGCUCCAUGCUGCAUGUUUCCAAGAACAUGGUCCAGUUGUGAUGAUCUUGUUAGAGAAUAGGGCUCAGCCAGAACUUCCUGAUUCUGAAAACAGGACUCCAAAGGAUUUUGCUUCUGCAUCUCAGAAAAUCUGGCCUCAUUUUGCUGCCUUAGGGUUAAAACAGACUCCGAAACAUUUGCUCAUAGAGAUGGGAAUUAUUAAAAAGGUUGCCACUAGUAACUCCAUAUCCCCAAGGACAUCACCAAGGGUACCAGGAGCUGGCAUAAGAAUGGCUGCAUAUAGCAGACCAGAAUCAGCCUAUGCCUACAACAAUGACCCAUUUAUGAAUGCUGCAGUGGGUGGAGAUGUGCUAGCUGAUGAAGACAGAGAUGGUACAGCAUCAUCACCACAGCAACAACAACCUCAAUUUACCAUGUGGAAGUAGGAUCUCAAUGUUUAUAAUCUCAAAGCAGGGCUUGUAUUCCCAUAAUGCAACAUUCCCAGAAGCCACUGGUUGGCUUUCAUAUCAUGGAUAUAUUAUAAAGGUCAAUGCAAUUGUUGCUUGCCUUUGUCAUUACGUUAUAACUGCAAUUUCAUUGUGCAUGAUAUUCCCCUAUAAUAGAUAAAAACACUGAUGACAUAGUACAGUUUAUUUUAUGAGUGGCGAUAGACUGGGCAUACUGUAUUAUAUACAUCUUAUUAUCGUAGUAAUCCAGCAACCGCUGUGACUGGAAUAAGAUCAGACUUUAGAACAUAAACCUGACAUAAUUUUGAAUUAUACUUAAAUUGAAAAUAGAGUACACAUAGAAGGAAUGGUAUCUUUAUCAGGGAAAUAUUGCACUUUGUGGAGACAUUUGAUACUUGGAAUUCUGAAAAAAUGGUGAUAUUUGUUCAGUAUUGUUCAGUCAGAACAGGAAAAAUCCUGAGCAACACUUGUGUUGAGGAGAUCCAGUGCAAAGAAGUUAUCAGCAUAAAUGAUGAUUGAUGUAGUCUAGUCAUGUAGUAUUUGUAUUUUUAUGUCACCACCACAAGAGGUGACAUAAUGUAAUGGUCUCCAACAUUUUUCUGGAUGGUGUUUGGUGUUUGACAGUCAGUAUUCAAUGUCUAACAAAUGGCAGGUGGUGA